AUGAGCUCCCCAACAGUACGGAAGGCUCUGGCUUCUCUACUGCGGGAUCCAGCUAACGGAAACUGUGCAGAUUGUAAGACGGCCACGCAUCCAAGAUGGGCUUCUUGGUCCCUCGGAGUCUUUAUAUGCAUACGCUGCGCUGGGAUUCAUCGGUCCUUGGGUACGCACAUCUCAAAAGUGAAAUCUGUGGACUUGGAUACGUGGCAAGAAGAACAUUUGCGCAAAGUCGUGGAGUUCGGCAACAAUGGAAGGGCAAACGCGUAUUAUGAGGCCAAGCUUCAAGAUAAGACGCCCAAUCCUUCGAAACUUGCCGAUUUUAUCAGAAGUAAGUACGAAUUAAAGCGGUGGGAGGGAACAGGGGCAUCCUGCGAGAACGUCGAGAAGUCAGAUCUUUCCACGUCCCAGGAACAAGGAAAUCCACGCUCCGUGUCCACCACACCUGCUCAACCAUUACAGCAGACUUCCUCCCAGGCUUCGUUACCUAGUAAAAAUGUUUCGAGCUGGUCUGGAACAUCAUCGCAAGUCGAUCUCAAUUUAGCUACACCACGCCCUUCCUCCAGAAACGGUCCUCGAGAAGUUAAUGGCAGGCCAGAUUUGAAAAAAUCGAUACUAUCGCUGUACUCUAAACCAAGAAAUUCUACUGCUAGUGUAGCAAGUGGACAUAGUAGUGUCAAUUCGUUAAGCUCUACCGAAGCUUCCAGCGUAGCCUCCAACGCAACACCUUCAGCAUCUUUAGAGGACAACGAGUUAUUUCGUAACGUUUGGUCAUAA